GCACUUUGCUAGCAGCUUCGCGGAGGGCUUCUCUUUCUCUCCUCGUUGCUUGAUCGUGACGACGAAGGGGAGGGAAAUCGCGAGGAGCGCCCACACGUGCAACGCAUCGACGCUGUGACUCUUCAAGGCAAGGCCGCCGCGCAUUUUCCACAUUUUCGCGGCAGGGCCGCGCUAGGAUCCAGCAACAACAGGGCAAGGAAGGAGGAGCGCCAUAGCUAGGCGCCGGCAGGGACGCGAGCGAUGAAAGCGCCGUCGAUAUUCUCCUGCCUCUACAAUCUCCCCGGCCAUUGCCUGCUCCAGAGCAAUCCCGCGCGGCUGGGCUUCUCGGAUCUUCCUCCGGCGCCUCCCGCGGAGGAAAUCAUCCCCACAGAGGACACGCAUGCCAAAUUGUUUGCCACAGAGCCGGUGUCGUUGCCCGGAGGGAUUAUCCUUCUCAAGGGCCGGAUCACGAACAGCGAUGUUGCUGGCAUCCCCAGCGCUGAUCUAGUUCCUGGAACGUACGAAGGUAAGCUGUUGCUUUCUGAUUCGUAUGAUCAAGUGGGCAUUGCUGACGACUUUUCUCUUCUCUCUUCUCCAGGAGGAUUGAAGCUCUCGGAAUGCGCCACCGAUCUCGUCGACACGCUGCGACGUGAGAUCCAAGACGGGCAGCUCUCGUUUCGAGGAAAGCGGGUGCUUGAGCUCGGUUGCGGGCAUGGACUUCCAGGCGUGUUCGCUUGCAUCAAGGGUGCCUCCACAGUCCACUUCCAGGACUUCAACAUUGAAGUUGUCAAGCGGCUGACGAUCCCAAACGUGUCAGCUAAUCUGGACUAUGCCCGCGCACGAAUCUCUCGCCACAAUGGCUCGCUCACCCCGACGAGGAGCAUGGCCGUGUCGCCCGACCUCCGCUACUUCUCCGGCGACUGGGCCGACGUCCAGAACCUCCUCUCCCAGGCCAGUCCACCCGACUUGGACAACGACACCAACGUCGACUUUGGAUUCAGCUUCGACUACUCGUCCCGGCCAUCGACGCCGCUCGGCGAGCACUCGAGGCCAUCGACUCCGUCGACUCCGGUGGGCGACAGGGAGCCUUCGCGGCCGUCGACGCCAACCGAGAAUGGUGGACGCUCCAGGAGGCGCUCGAACGGGAGCCGGGCUUUCGAGAGCAGUCGAGAAUGCAGCGGGUACCAAGAGGAUGGCUACGACAUCAUCCUCAUGUCCGACACCAUUUACAGCUCCUCGUCUCUCUCCAAGCUUUACACCCUGCUCAAAAAGUGCCUCAGGCCUUACUACGGUGUCGUGUACGUAGCGGCGAAGAAGCACUACUUUGGACGUGGCGGUGGCAGCCGGCAGUUCAAGAACAUGGUCGAAGACGAUGGCAUUCUAGGCGCUCAUCUCGUUGCAGAGUUUCCCGAUGGCUAUUCGAGCACGCGGGAAGUGUGGAAGUUCUUCUUCAGGUAGAGAUUCUUUUGCUCGUCCGGUACAUCGCUGACUGUAGGGGAGAUCCCUCUCUCACGAUUCGAGUGUUUUGCGGGGAUUUGCCACGUCUUGACACGGCAAAUCUAGUUUAGAAAUCCCCGGCACCUGGCAUUUGUAACCCAAAGCGUCAAGUCGGCCUUCUCGUGGAUAUGAUCCAAGUGGAAGUAUUCUAAAAUUUGAUUACCUCUCAGCUCCGCAGAGGCAGGGGAUCUUCUGAUCCUCGUGAGGAAAUUUGUAGUCGUAUGUAAGCUCGGUCCCGGGAGCAAUGUGUGUUCUUGCGUAAAUAAAAACACGUUUCUGUC